CUUCAUCCAUCAAUUUAAACGUUCUUCUGUGUUUUUGUUUCUUUUUCAUCUGAAAGAAAACCCCAAAACCUCUGUUUUCUAAACAUAAAAUUUUCUACUUUGGUUGUCAUGGCAACCUCUUCUAUAGUACUGUCAUCAUGUAUCUUGUUUACUGUACUAGGGCUAAUAUCACUUACUCUGAACUUCACUUUUGUUCUUUCAUCAUCGUCGUCUCAAAUGGUUUUCCCUCUUACACACUCUCUUUCAACAACUGGAUUCAAUAACACACACCAUCUCCUAAAAUCAACCUCUGUUCGUUCCACCACAAGGUUUCAUCAUCAUCAUCGACACCGUCACAACCAUCAUCGCCACCAUAACCAUCGACAACGACAAAUUUCACUUCCUCUAUCUCCAGGAAGCGAUUAUACGCUCUCUUUAUCUCUAGGUUCUAAACCAGCUCAACAGAUUUCUCUGUACAUGGAUACCGGCAGUGACCUUGUCUGGUUUCCUUGUGCUCCGUUUGAUUGUAUUAUGUGCGAAGGCAAAUACGAUCCUAAAGUUCCGUAUAUGAAACCUCUCAAUUAUAACAACUCCGCUGAUUUCAUUCCCUGUGAUUCUCCACUCUGUUCUGCAGUUCAUUCGUCUCUACCGUCAUCUGAUAUCUGCGCCAUCUCUAAUUGUCCGUUGGAAUCAAUAGAAAUGUCAGAGUGUUCAUCUUUUGCUUGUCCGUCUUUUUACUAUGCUUAUGCUGAUGGUAGUUUUGUCGCUCGUCUUUAUCGUGAUAAUCUAUCAUUAGAACCUAUGUCUUCUUCUUCAACAAGAACUCAACAACAAAAAUCACUUCAUCUGAAGAAUUUCACAUUUGGCUGUGCUAAUACUGCGUUAGCUGAGCCAAUUGGUGUUGCUGGUUUUGGUGGUGGAAGUCUAUCUUUACCAGCUCAACUCGCUACUUUCUCACCUGAACUCGGUAAUCGAUUCUCUUACUGUUUAAUCUCUCAUUCCUUCAAAUUCGACCGAAUCCGAAAACCGAGUCCGUUAAUUCUCGGCCGAUACGACGAUCAAAAAGAAAAAAAGAUCAGUGAUCAUGGUGGAGCAGUAGCGAGUGAAUUCAUUUACACACCCAUGCUCGAUAAUCCGAAACAUCCUUACUAUUACUGUGUUGGGCUAGAAGCAAUUCAAAUUGGUACGACCAAAAUCGACACACCAAAGAGUUUAAAGAGAGUAAACUCUAAAGGUAACGGUGGAACUGUGGUAGAUUCUGGUACCACAUUUACGAUGUUGCCAUCGGUAGUUUUCGAAGCCGUAGCUAAUGAGUUUGGAAACCGAGCAGGGAAAAUGUACAAAAGAGCCGUCGAAACCGAGGAUCGGACCGGACUCAGACCGUGUUUUUAUUAUAACAAGAAGAAUAAUAAGCGUGGUAAUUGGAGAGUACCAAAGAUGGUUUUACAUUUUACUGGGAAUGUAAGUAUUAGUUUACCACAAGCGAAUUACUUUUUUGAAUUCAGCGGUGAUGAUGAUGAAGAGGGGAAGAGGAAGAAGAGGAGGGGGGAGAAGGUUGGUUGUCUGAUGUUGGGUAAUGCGGGUGAAGAAGAGGAAGGGGAAUCGAGUGGUCCAGCAGCUGCUUUAGGUAAUUACCAGCAACAAGGGUUUGAAGUGGUUUAUGAUUUGGGACAAAGGAAAAUUGGAUUUGCCAAGAAGAAGUGCUCAUCUUUAUGGGACAAUCUAAACUCUUAGCUGGCUAGAUUGGGUUAUUGUGCAACAGUUUUACAUGCGCAAGGUUGACUUGUGUACACGUGUGGGUAUUAAAAAUUAUGGGCCGUACGAGGGGGAACUCUAGUGGACUACUGUGCGCUGUCGACUCUUAUGAUGUAACUUGUAAGUAUUAUAUGGACUAGGGACUGAAUAUAGACGAUAUGCUAAGAGUCGAGACAAAUAAUGAAGUAUGGCACUUCAAAGUUGCAAAGAAAACGUGUUAAUAUAAAAAUCGGUUUGGUAGUGGUACUGUAAAUUUUAGAGUUUUUAUAAGUUUCAAAAUUUGUAUUAUUCUUGCGAAUAAAUAGUGAAUCAGCGAUUGAUACAUUUUUGUUCAGUAA